UAAGAAUCGGCCCGUAUUGCGUGUAAUGUGCAAUAUAUAAAUAAACAAAUGUUACAACAAUUUAAAAAUUUAUUUAUUUAGAAUAUUAAAGUAUUAAAAAAUGUUGUUUUGCAAUUAUGGAAUCUCGCUUAAGAUAUGAAAUUUUUUUCUCCCAAACGAUUUUGUAUUUUACUAGUGAUAAUUUUAAUUUUAUUUUACUAUUUUCGAUUUUAUUUAUUUAAUUCCAAAGUUACUGAGGAUGAAGAAGAAGAAGAAGAAACAACCGAUAACAUUAUUAACAAAUACAGUAUUACUUUGGGAAACAGCAAUAUGAAUCGGAAUGAUGUUACGGUAGCAGUUGUAGCCUGUGGUGAUCGAGUGCAUGAAACUUUAACAAUGAUAAAAUCUGCUAUAAUGUUUAGCAAAGUGAAGUUAAGUUUUAUUGUGGUCACCGAAGAGCACUUAAUACAAAAUUUUAACGAAAAGCUGACGGAGUGGAAGGCAAUUAUACAUUUUUCAUUCAAAGUGAUUCCACUAACAUUCCCAACGGAGGGAGCGCAGGAAUGGCAGAAAUUAUUUAAGCCCUGCGCUUCCCAAAGGCUGUUUUUACCUUCCGUUCUUAAAGAUAUCGAUUCAAUCCUGUACGUCGAUACAGACGUGCUGUUUCUCACUCCUGUUGAGGACGUCUGGAAGUAUUUCGCAAGCAUGAAUUCUAGUCAAAUGGCCGCUCUCGCCCCGGAACACGAGGACCCGAACGCGGGCUGGUAUAAUCGAUUUGCUAAGCAUCCAUAUUACGGAAAAUUAGGUGUGAACUCCGGAGUAAUGCUUAUGAAUUUAACGAAAAUGAGAGAUUUCUUAUGGGUCGAAUAUGUUAUUCCCGUUUAUAAAAGAUAUAAAUUAAAAAUAACGUGGGGAGAUCAAGACAUAAUUAAUAUUAUAUUUCAUUAUCAUCCAGAUAAAUUAUAUAUUUAUUCAUGUCGAUAUAAUUUUCGUCCGGAUCACUGCAUGUAUAUGAGUGUCUGUAAGAGUGCGGAGAAGGAGGGGGUGGCCGUCUUGCACGGAUCUAGGGGUUUCUUUCAUUCGGGUAAACAGCCCGUUUUCCAAUCCAUAUAUCGUGCAUUUGAAGAAUUUCAGAUAGGAAUGGACAUUUACCAUGACUUUUACCAAUCGCUCGAAUCGUACUUAGAGUUGACCUCCGAAACUAGUUGUGGUCACAUUAAGGAUGCAUACCUUGCAAAUUUGAAGCAAUAUAUUACUACUAAUGAUGAGAGAUAGUAUCUACUAGAAGAUCUUUUGAAGCUAAUGUACCUAGUCAAAGUAAAGUACCUGUUAAUAAUUAAAUGAGGGUACUACGUAAAUGAAGUUAAAUAUUUGCUUGCAGUUACGUACACAAUUUUAAGCUUACACUGUUCCUUUUUUCUACAAAUAAAUUAAUCGGUAGUUUACUUAUACAA